AUGGGACAACAAUAAACUUAGGAACCCAGACCAUUAAAUGUGCUAGUCAAAGAUGUGGCUACAUUUAAUCUGUUGACUAAAUCUCCAACAAUUAAAUAAUGCUUAGGUAAAUAAUUGCUGGCAGAAGUAACAAAAAAGAAAUAAGAUUUAUUUGAAUCCUUCCCCUUUUUUAAAAAGUAAGAUGACUUAUGGAUUGGAGUAUUUGUGGACAAGGAAUAUUUUGUAAUUACUUAGCAGAAAUUCUAAUAUUGUAGACAAUUGUUGGAGGAUUUGUAAUCAAUUUUAAUGUUUGAUUUUUAAAAUGAAGAAGGCACUUGUCAAAUAUGUUUUGCAAAAAAGAUAGAUAAAUUACUCCCUUGUGGACAUAGUUAUUGUUAAGAUUGUAUUGAUGGAUGGUUUACAACCAAAGAACAAGACUCCUGUCCAAUGUGUAGAUCCCAAAUAACCAAAUUAAAAAUGAAGAAUGAAUCCUAUAUUGUACCAAAUGAGGCAGAACUGAUAGAAUCCUUUAAAGAGUAGCUCUUUAUGCAAUUAACCUAGUAGAAAUGA